UCCUGCUUGUGUCCUCUUGGGAAGAGUUCGUUUUAAAAGAGAUUCUGGGGUUCCCUGAUAAGGUAGGACAUCUGUUCCUCUUAGGUAUAAUACUGCCCUCCGCACCCCGAGGGUUCCCUCAGUGUAAAACGCAGGUGGUCUAGUCCAGCGGAGACACUUGCCCCCGGCCACGGCGGGGAAGCCUGAGGAGUGAAGGGCCCAUCGCCCACGCAUGCGCACAGGCGUAGCAUGGGGGCGGGAGCCGCUGAGCCCCUUCCCAGCAUCUGAGAUCAUUGCUAGGAAGAACUCUGGGUACAAUAAUGAACACAGUGUAUGUGAUGAUGGCUCAAAUCUUAAGAUCUCAUCUGAUAAAUGCUUCAGUGAUUCCUAAUCGAAUGAAAAUGGGUCCAUAUCUUGGUGUCAUUAGAACUAGAAUGAUGUCAACUCAUAAAUCCAAAAAGAAUAUGAGAGAAUAUUAUAGGCUGCUGAAUCUGGAUGAAGGAUGCUCUGCAGAUGACGUCAGGGAAUCUUUUCAUAAGCUUGCCAAGAAAUACCAUCCAGAUGGUGGCUCUAAUACUGCUGAUUCUGCAACAUUUAUAAGGAUCGAAGAAGCUUAUAGGAAGGUGCUUUCCCACGUGAUAGAACAAACAAAUGCCAGACAGAGUAAAGUUGAAGAAACAGAAGAAGAAGAAAAAAAAUUCAAAUAUAACACACCCCAACACCGGCAUUAUUUAAGUUUUGAGGGUAUUGGUUUUGGGACUCCAAGUCAACGAGAGAAGCAGUAUAGGCAAUUUAGAGCAGACCGUGCAACUGAGCAAGUGAUGGAAUACCAAAAGCAGAAACUGCAAAGCCAGUAUUUCACCAAUAGUAUAACUGUUAAAGAUGUAAGACACAGUAAGGAACAAAAGAUAACUCAAGCAAUAGAACGUUUGGUGGAGGAUCUCAUUCAGGAAUCAAUGGCAAAAGGAGACUUUGACAAUCUCAGUGGGAAAGGAAAACCUCUAAAAAAAUUUUCUGGCUGUUCAUAUAUUGAUCCCAUGACUCACAACCUGAACAGAAUAUUGAUAGAUAAUGGAUACCAACCAGAAUGGAUCCUAAUGCAAAAGGAAAUAAAGGAUACUAUUGAUCAACUCAGAGAGGCAAUUUUAGUGUCAAGGAAAAAACUUGGGAAUCCAAUGACACCAACUGAACAGAAACAGUGGAACCAAGUUUGUGAGCAGUUUCAAGAAAACAUCAAAAAACUAAACAAGCGAAUUAAUGACUUUAAUUUAAUUGUUCCCCUUCUGACCAGGCAAAAAGUCCAUUUUGAUGCACAGAAAGAAAUUGCCAGAGCCCAGGAAAUAUAUGAGACGCUUAUAAAAACACAAGAAGUCACAGAUAAAAACCCAAAUAACUUUGAUCAAGGAGAAGGAGAGAAAACACCUGGAGUCAAGACAGGUUUCUUUAACUGGAUGAAUGUGUGGCAGUUUAUUAAAACAUGACCAUUUCGUUGCUCACAGAACUGCCCCCAAUCAUUUUCAGUAGUACUGACAUCACACAUAGAGGCUGAGAUUUCUUUCUGUAACACAAGAGUCUGAGAACUGUGUGCCUCUGUACUUUUCACAAAACAAGUCACGUCUCCAGUGAUGUGUAGAUGAGAGAGCUGUAAGAAACUAAGGCAGAGAAAUAUUCAACCAGCUUUGCUCUGAGGAUAUGGCAAAACAAGAGGAGAACUUACUUUUAAGGAAACAAUUUAAUACAUUUCAGUUCGUAAAUGUCGGUCAUCAGGUGAAAGGAGUUAGGAUAGGGACUCAGGCUGGGAGUCAUAAAGGGUAUUCCAAAGUCUUAGUGCAGUUUUAAACUCUAAUUUAAAAACAUUUGUUGUUUGCCAUCUUCAAACAUAGGUACUUCAACAACAACUAAGAAUGUAUCAUGAAAGGUCACAAAAUGAAAGAAGUAUGGAAUGUAGGCAACUAAACCUCCAAAUGAUGUAUGUUUUUCACAAGUUUGCUGCAUUUAUACACCUGAGGUUAUUAAAGUACAAAUUUUUCUAAGACUUUUGGGACAUUCUCUAUAUGGUUGGAAAUGUUAAGAUCAGAAAAUUAGCCUAGUGGAGUUAUGACACUCUUCUUUUUUAUAAAGCCCUUCUCUCUGGGUACUGAAUAAAGAAACCAC